AUGGAGGAGUCGUCGAUGCAGCUCCGGGCUUCACAGGCCACGACUGACAAGGAGCACACCAAGUUGAAGAUCGAGGCUCUGAAGCGAACCCUGGAUAGCCACCUGCUGCGGCUGAACUCGAUUCUGAACGGGCCGGAGGUGAACUUCGAUCGCCUGGCCUCCGCGAUCCAGGGGCUGGAUGUGGAGCUCCGGGCGAAGCUGGCCGAGAGUGGCGACCUGCUCCAAGCAGCGCCUUCCGACGGCACCUAUGAGGUCCUGCGGAACAGCCUCAAUGAGACCCAGAAGCGCUGUAAGGAUCUAAACGAUGAAAUGCUUCGAGUGGCAGACGCUAACGAGGAGCUUCACAACACUUUGCGUUCUCUAAAGGCUACAAAUCGUCGGCUGGUGGAGGAGGUCCAGAAGCAAACCGAGGAGCUGUCCACCCUGACGCAGCAGCGGCUUGGGGAUAUGGAGAAGCUCUCGAAGCAAGAGGAGGCCUUCAGCCGGGAGAAGGCCUCCUGGGUCCAAGACGCCCAGAAGACUCUCGAAGAGGAGCAGCGCCGCCUGGACGAGGAUUUCGCGGAGAUGCAAGAGGCGCUGAACGGCCGCCUCGACUCCUGCUGGCGCAAGGCGGCAGCGGCCAAGGUGAAGACCGACGCGCUGCGGGGGAGCCAGCGCCAGCUGAAGUCCGACGUCCAGUCUUUCGCCCAUGCUUUCAGCCAAGGCUUGAAAGGCGUUGAGCGGGAGCUCCUAGACAGGAUCGCCGCCGAGGAGAAGAAAAUGCGGACCGAGCUCAACCGCCUGCAAGACCUAGAGCAUGGCUUAGAGGUGAGGGUCAAAGCCGAGCGCGAGGUGAGGGCCAACGAGGUCCAAUCGUGGAGGAGCCGCCACGCCGCCUUGGCCACAGACCUCGAGGCGCUAAUCACGCGUCGGGACCAGGAGGUUUUUGAGCUCCAGUCGAAGGUCAAUCUGGCGAUCAGUAGUCGUGAAUCGCAGGAGUCCUCCGCAAAGCAGGAGCGUGCUGCCCUGCAAGAAAAGGCGGAAGCUUUGUCCAAGGACGUCGCCUUGGUCGAGGCUGCGGAAGAUGCCGGCGACGAGGUUUUGCGCCGCUAUGGUGACGAGGCGGUGUACUUUGUGGAGGUCUGUGGCUUGACUUCAAAGCGUGCGCUGAUGGAGACCUCCUUGAAAGUCUUUGCCGACGAGUGCGAGAAGCUGUCUGACCGAAGCAGAUUUGCGUAUCUCCAGCACGAACUCAUCCCUGAGAAGGAUGCUCAGCUCCUGGAGUUGCUUUUCCGCAACCUUCCGGGCGUGCUGCCCACAGGGCCCGUCCGCGACUUGUUUCGCAGGUGGCCUCAGAAGCUGGCGCCCGCGCCUGCGUCUCUGCUGGUGGCUGGUGCUGGCGCGAGGACCCCUUUGCGACGGCCCGGCCUCGAAGCUCCACAGUGGUUUCUUUGCCUAUCGGGCCGCAUGCGGCUGAAGAUGCUGCCGGACGAGAGGUGCGAAGGUGGCCGCCUUGCGCCCCUGGCGCCGCAACGCGAGCCUUUUGGCCUCCUGGACGAGGCUGGGAAGCCGCUCUUCACGAUCUGCGAGCACAGCGUCAGCGAGGUGGAUCUCUUUGCGGCUGAGCGCCACGAGCCCUGUUCUGCAGCAGAUCUCGACUCUUUCGGUCCAGAUCUUCAUCGCUUUCCAGAGGCGGCCAAUCUCCCAAAAGCUUUGGAGGUGCUGCUGCUGCCAGGAGAGCUGGUGGUGGUGAGCGCAGGCUGGUGGGUACAGUGCUAUUGCGAUGAGGCCUCCUGGGCAGUGCACUCCCAGUACGCGGAGGGUCAAGGCCUGGGGCGGCUUCUGGACUCGAUGCUGAGCUUCGCCGGAACACUCAAGGAGGAGAUCUUCGGCUACGAUGCCCUGCCUGCGGCAGAGCAGGUUGAUGCUGCGCUGGCCGCCGUACUCGAGAAAAGCGGCCGCGGGCCGGGAGGCAUUGAUGGCAUCGGAGGGUUUCUGGACCGCGAGGAGGGCUUGGAGAUCGCAAGCCUGAAAUGCUAUGGUGCCCAGGCUGGCACGACUCAGGAGCCUGGAUGCAAAGCAGAACGUCUGCCCCCCAGCAUUUCGCAGGGCCGUGCAGGCUCCAGCUGCGACUUCUGGGAGUUGUGGCGUGUGCGGCCGUCCAGCCACUACAAGGUGCGAUUCUGGGAUACUCUGGGAUCCCUGCGUGCGGCCGAUGUCGUGAGCUUCUGCUAUGUGGAAGCGAGUGUCCCGCCCCCAGCUCCGGCAGAACCUGACUACCCGUGGCAAUCUCAGAAGCGUGAACCGCGGUCAGAGGCGCUCCUGGCCAGAGCAUCGCAAGAUCUGCGUGGCUCCGCGGUGGACACCCUGCGCCAGCGAGUGCACGACUCCGACGAGGCCAACUUCUGGGAUGCUGUGUGGGAACUUGCAGAGGCUCUGGCGGAGGCCGUGCGCAACAACGAGGCGCGGCUUGCUCCUUCUGAGUUUGGAUGCGUGCAGACCCCACGGCCUCGCGAGGCCCUCCGGCAGCAGAUGGAGGUCCAGCGCCUGGAUGCGCAGACGGCCAACGAGCACAGGCGCCCAGGAAGUCACAACAAAAGAGAGACACCACACCCUGGCCCUAGCAAAGCAUGGCAACGCAUCGCGGUGAGCUGA